UUGUUCAUAAUAAUGAUGUACUUUUUUUUUACAUUAGCUGAGCCUUUAUAAUGUUAUUAUAUAACCACAGCCUUCAACAUGGAGUGUUAUGUAUGUGUUUUAGUUAGUAGUGUGGUGAAGUAAAGUCACAUAAACACGUCAUAUAUAACACAAAUAUGUUAUAAAUAUAUGAAAACGUGGUGGAACAGCAGUAAACGCAUAAUUAUAUUGAUAACAACAAAGUCUUUUCACGUGACGUUUCUGGUACAUGACUUCGUCAUCACCGAUUGCACCAGUGAUCACAAGCUGCUGGGUAAGGCGCGCGCCUUAGUUGACGCGUGAACGUGCACGAUCCACCUGAACCAAUCAGGGACGAAUCAGCUCACAACACAGCCGCCUCCUGCUCCCGCUGCUGUGCGCGUGUGUGUCAGUGUGAGUGGCUGUAGGUGUGUAUGUGUGUGUUUGCUGCAGCUCUGUCAGGACACCUGGCCGACACACAGCACAGCUUCUCUCUUCUGAGAAGUAAAAAAAAUGCUUUCUUACUAACAACGGUGUCGGAGCGGAUUAUUACGUUUCCCGACGAGUCCCUCCUCAUCCCGCGGGUACAAGUGGAGCAGCAGUGGACGCUGCUGCCACCGCGACCGUUGCUGCUGCAUCAUCGUACUGUUGACUGCUGUUGGUGACCUGCAAUAAAAACUCAGCGGGAGGAGAAAAAAGUCAGUGAUAAGCUUUAUGGCCAGCCCUGCCCUCUUCCCAAAGGGAGGUAACCUUCAAAGCGCAGAGUUCAGCACCAUGGACGAGCAGCUGAGUGAUGGAGACGGACUCAAAGGACAGGCUGUCUUUAGUGUAAUCGGAUGAAGGAUCGUCUAACCUUCCUCCACUAGUAAAGGAAUGGCACUGAAACAUGUUUGUUAUCCAGGCUGAAUGGACGUGAUUUAAAGGAGACAAGACAACUCUUUGUAAACAAGAGGAUAAGCCAUUAGGGUAUCCAGAUUUUUUUUGAUCUACUCUCUCCCAGCCCAGAGCUCGUGUGGUGACAGCCCUCCACUGUGAUGCUUGUUAUGAAUCGUCGAUGUACCACUAAUGAUCCAGAGAGCUGCAGCAGUGAGGAGAGCAGCUGCACCACAUCCUCCAUCACCUCGGAUCUGUCUUCUAUGUCUGAACACACUCAGUCCUCACUACCUUCCCUCAGCGAUGGCCCUGAUACCUUCAAACAUGGAGCCCAGCCUCCACCUCCGCCUCCUCCCCCACUGCCACCUCCACCUCCGGGGGUGCCCCCUCCUCCUCCGCCCCCAAUGUCAACUCCCACCAACCCCAACGGAAGGAAAAAGCGCCGCGUUCGGAGCUUCUUCUGGAAGCCGAUCCCUGAGGAGAAGGUACGUGGGAAACCCAACAUCUGGACGCUGGCAGGACGACAGCAGCAGUACCAGAUCGAUGUCCGCUCUGUGGAGGAGCUGUUCGGGCAACAAGAGGAGGCGGCGUUGGGGGUCAGACAGGUGGCACCAGCCACUGGAACCUCUGCUGGUGUGACCCGGUCUCGAUCGUUCAAAGAGAGCAGCAAGGAAGAGAUCAGCAUUCUGGACUCCAAGAGAGGAAUGAACGUGGGCAUUUUCCUCAAGCAGUUCAAGAAGUCCAACCGCUCCAUUGUUGAAGACAUUCAACAAGGAGACGGGAAGAUUUACGGAGCGGAGCUGCUCAAAGACCUGCUGAAGCUGCUUCCUGAUGCAGAGGAGAUAAAGAAGCUGCAGAUGUUUAAAGGUGAUCCUGACAAGCUGACGCUCGUCGACUCCUUUAUGUUCCUCCUGAUCCAAGUGCCACGGUUUGAGGUCCGGAUCGAGGCGAUGGUCCUGCGUGAAGAAUUCUCGCCGUCCUGUGCUGUGAUGAGCCACGAUAUUGACGUCAUCCGUGUAGCUACCAAAGAGCUGAUGAACUGUGAGGAGCUUCAUGCCAUUCUGCAUCUGGUGCUGCAGGCUGGGAACAUCAUGAAUGCUGGUGGCUACGCAGGAAACGCCGUAGGCUUUAAGCUGUCGUCACUGCUCUCAUUGGCUGAUACUAAGGCCAACAAGCCGGGGAUGAAUCUACUGCACUUUGUUGCCAUGGAGGCCAAGAAGAAGGACGAGAAGUUACUCAAGUUUCCAGAGAAACUUCAGGAUGUGCAGAGUGCAGCCAGAAUCUCAGUGGAGAACAUAGAAGUGGAGUUUUCUUCUUUGUAUGUUCGUACCAAAACCUUGGAGGAAAAGGUUCGUGGAGACCAGGAGCUACAGCAGCAGCUGGAGCCAUUCCUGCAGAGCUCACUUCAGACUCUUCAGGACCUGAAACGACGCAGACUGGAGCUGCGCAAGGAGGGAAACGCCCUCAUCGAUUUCUUCUGUGAAGACAAGGACACGUUUAAACUGGAUGAGUGCUUCCGCAUCUUUCAGGACUUCUGCAUUAAGUUCAAGAAAGCAGUAAAGGACAACCUGGAUCGUGAGGUGAAGGAAGCAGCCAGACUGCGUCGCCUCAGAGAGCUGGAGGAGAAGCGUUUAGCGUGGGUCGGUGUAGAACGCAGCCAAGGGUUUAGUCGCAGCAGCAGUGAGAGUGAUGUGGAGAUGCUCACCAAGGACGGCCUCCUGGAUUUCUUCAAACAGAGGUCUCAGAGUCCAAACAGCCCGCUGGCCCGCUCUGCCAGUGCUCGUCGCCACCGCCACACCAUGACAUCUACGGCGGACCGUGAACUCCAGGGAUACCUAGAGCUCUUCGGAGGUUGCGACAGCGACUCCAAGUUUAACAGCCUACCUCGGUCGGGUCGCACUGUUCAACGCAGGACGACCCCCUGGAUCUUAACCCAGGAUGCAAACCGCGAGCUCGGCCGUGAGCGACAGCUGACAUCUCCGUGUGCACAAACUGAACCCAUCAGCCCUCUGGCCGUGUUCUCCUCCUGUGGAAUAAACGAUAACAUGGACCCAUGUAACAAUAACAACAACAAAUACACAUCUGUGUCUGAAGGCAGCGCUCUGCCUCACUCCUUUUUUGUCUUUAAAAAAUCUGCUCACCUUUCCAUCCCAACCGUUACAGGCCACAUGAAUGUAAAUGUGGAGAAACACACUUUAGUUCCUGGCCCUCAGACUUUUGAGCUACCAAGUCCAAACAAUAACAGUAAACAUAUGCACUUUGUCAACCAGGGAGACAUGGCGGUGACCAGUCUGGAAACAGGAAGAGGAUCAUCCCCGACGUGUCUGGACAUACCAACAGAUCAUGGACUUUCGCAGGGAAGAACAGAUUCAGCACAAGGGUGGGAGUCUAAAAUAGACUGUCACACAAAGACUGGUCCAUCUCCUGACACGGAGAAAGAAGAAGAAGAAGAAGACAGCACUGUUUCAUCUACAACCUGCGACACACCUCUUCCUCUAGACACCUCCGUAUCCAAUAGGAAACCAGUGUUUUACAUCAUAGACUGCACAGAGACCGACUGCUCCGUUACUUUGGAUUAUUCUGAGGCUGAACCCUCAUCUCUAACCAAAGAGGGACUUCAUCUCAGAGCUACAGAUUACAGCAGAGAUCAGGAGAGCCAACAGGAACCCAGCUCCCUGUCCUCUAACCUAGAGUCACCCAAAGACCAGUGUGUGACGAGCAACGAGCUUUCAGCACCCAAAUCUGUGGAUACGGCAUCGAAGACGGCGUCUGGGACAACGGAGGAGUGGGACAAGGAGAGCUGUGACACUGCUGACGGAAAACAAAGUUCAGAAAAGGACACGCAGAAAAACGUCAAGAAGCCGAUUAUCGUAAAAAAUAAAACAACCAAAGCAGUUCGUGCCGUGCGAACGUUGACCAGCAGUGAGAAUCAGGGCAUGAGGAAGGUCGUUCCUAUCAGCAAACCUACGAGGACAGGCAGCAACAAAUGUCCAGAGAGGACGCAGGGGAAUGAGAGCGCAGACACACACCGUCCUCCUCGCGAUCAGAGCACGCCAGCCAGAGGUAGGAGCGAGAAAACCUCCCGUCCUCUUCGACACUCCAGUUUGCCUCCUGAUGAAUCCAAAGCUCCGAGGGCAAGCAGCCUCAGCAGUGGCGUUCCGAGGUGGGCACGUGAUUCCACACCAGGGAAGGCCUCCAUCCACAAACCGAGCGCCAAACCCCUGAGGAACAUCUCCAGACCUCCUCCUGAGGAGAAAAUAUGCCGCUCCACUAUGAGGGCUUUGGCUCAGGCUCAGGCUCAGGCUGAAGCUCAGGCUGGAGGUCACUCUGAGAACAGCAGCUCGCAGACACUCAGUUCCAAAAACACCUCCGACCUUCCCAACUUUGCCCGCAACACAAUUGCUUCCACAACCAGGACCAGAAAGGAGCUGGGACCCCCGUCCGUGCCCUCCACGCCGACUCGCAGCCCCACUGUUUUGGUUCGACAGCCUGUUAUAAAGCAGAGAUUAACACCCGUGGUUCCAAGCGGGGAGGAGUCACAAGGUACAAGUCUGCGAAGAGUGCAGAGCGUUAGGUCCUCCAGUAGAAGAUCGUACCGGAGUGAGACCCCGCCCCCGGCAAUCGAUAACGCUCGUAAAACAAGUAGCUUUUCUGAAAAAUCACUGACGAUAAACAGCAGAAAUACUAAACCCACCUGGAAAUAGUCAAAAACUGUCCUCACCUCUGUCCUCAGUCUGACGUCUCUGCUGGACGAUACAAAAAGGCAGACGCCAAGAAAAUAUAUUUAUCAACAUACCCUUUACGUUUGUAGCUGUCUCUGGAUCAGGUUUACCAAAUCAAAAGAGCACGAUGCAAUGAAAC